AGACAACAGAAUAUAUAAAAAUGGGUGACAACAUCAUUGAUGAAUUCCGAGAACGCCUUGCGGAUACGCCGUACGACCUUGAAUUAUGGGCUGCUGCUUUGAAAGAAGCUCAAAAUCGCCCGGUUGAUCGCGUCAGAGACCUGUACGAACUCCUGAUAAAUUAUUAUCCGACUAGUGGAAAAUUUUGGAAAAUCUUCAUCGAACACGAGAUGAGAGCAAAAAAUUUUGCUCACGUGGAGAAACUUUUCCAGAAGUGCCUCGUUCAGGUCCUGAAUAUGGACCUCUGGCGGUGCUAUAUAACGUAUAUUAAAGAAGCGAAAUCGACUUUGCCCACUUAUAAGGAGAAACUUGCUCAAGCGUACGACUUCGCCCUGGAGAAAAUUGGGAUGGAUUCGGUUGCGGCGCCUGGGGCAUAUGCAGAAAACCAGAAAAUCACUGCAGUUAGGAAAGUCUACCAAAAUGCAAUCGUCACGCCCAUGUUCAACAUCGAAACUUUGUGGAAGGAAUACAUGAAUUAUGAGCAAGGUAUAAAUAAAAACUUGUCUGAAAAGAUCAUCAUUGAUCGAAGUAAAGACUACAUGAAUGCUCGUCGAGUUGCGAAGGAAUUGGAAAUCAUGACCAAGGGUCUUAAUAAAAAUGCACCAGCAGUUCCCCCCAUGGGAACUCAAGAAGAAAUGAAGCAGACGGAGCUGUGGAAGAAGUAUAUCUCCUGGGAGAAAAACAAUCCACUCAUGACCGAGGAUCAAGCUUUGCUGACCAAAAGAGUUAUGUUCGCGUAUGAACAAUGUCUACUCUGCUUGUGGCAUCACCCCGAUGUUUGGUAUGAAGCCGCGAGCUUUCUGGAGUCAGCCUCUCGAGUUUUACAUGAGAAAGGAGAUGCUAAAGCUGGUAUCAGUCUCAGUCGUGAGGCUGGACGCAUGUUCGAGCGGGCAGUCCAAGGACCCAUGAACAAGAAUCUGCUUCUUUAUUUCACGUACGCCGACUUCGAAGAAUCAAGGAAAAAUUAUGAAAACGCUCACGGAAUUUACAAUCGUGUCCUGGAGUCGAGGGAAUCCGAGCGACACGAUCCAUCAUUGGCGUACAUUCAGUGCAUGCGGUUUGCCAGAAGAGCAGAAGGAAUUAAAGCGGCGAGAGCUAUUUUUAAAAAAGUGCGAGAAGAUGAACGUGUUUCGUACCAUGUUUACGUCGCCUCUGCUUUGAUGGAGUACUACGGAUCGAAAGACACGAGUAUCGCUCUUCGAAUUUUUGACCUAGGAUUGAGGAAGUUUCCGUCGGUUCCUGGUUAUAUCUUGGCGUAUCUCGAUUUCCUUCUUCAUCUAAAUGAUAACGAAGCAACCCGGCAAUUCUUCGUCAAAAUUUUAGACGACCCUGAACUACCCGUCGCUGUUCGAAAGGAUAUUGUAUGGAAGUUCAUAGAUUUUGAACGAAACGUUGGCACACUGGCAGAAAUUGAUGGAGCCGAAGGAAGAUUGUCCAAAGCUACGGUUGAAACGCAUCCAGGUAGUAUCCCAAGAAAAGCGGAACUACUGAUCGAUCGUUAUCGAUGCCAUGGUUUAUAUCCGUGCUCUCCAUUGGAACUCAAAACCAUGGGAUACCAUGGGACAUCUAGCAGUGAUCGCCGUGGGGGAGAACUUCUCGAAACCGAGAACGAGAAGAACGAAAUUCCGCUGCCGGAUGUUUCUCAAAUGCGACCGUUUAAACCCGAGUUUCAUUGGUCAGCCAGAACGCAUUCUGUUCAUGACGCCGUCCUCGAUGUUCCCCCGGUGGCUGGAGAUUUUUGCAAGAACUUGCCCCCGUGGCAUUGCUUUCCUCCAAUCGCUGUAGACGUGGAGAAAUUGACGAAGUUCAUCAGUGAAACCAUUUUUCAUCCGGUCAGGAAGCCUUUGAAUCUUCGCAAAGAUUCCGCAACACCAGUGACUGUAACCCCGCGUUUGUUCGAUGUGGUGAGGAAAGUUAAUUGGGACUGGAGUGCCGUGUUGGAGAAAUCCGGAAAGGGUGAAGCAGAAGAUGUGGACGCGUCGAAGGAGGGUGGGAGGAAUGCGCGAAGACAGCCGUUGGGUAAGAGACGAACAGCGAGGAUUGUGCAAAAUGCGGAUUCGGAUGACGAAGAAAACGCGAAUGUUGCACCGCCUUCCACUGACGUUUACCGACAGCGGCAGCAGCGGAGGAUCUCCGGGAAGGAAAGAAAAAAGAAAUUGACAUUGACUUUUUCAUUGUCCACGGGAUGGCAGCCGCCGAAGAUGUACGAAGCAGGACCUCGCGAUAUACGACACACUUUAACCCCUAUUCUUCCACCGGCGUGCACGUUCACGCCGGUGGAAACAUCACGUCCUCUGAAAGUAGAUGAGAAGUAUCCGGAGUGCAUGGACGUCGUUGCUGACUUCUACCGACGACCGCCCCAGGAGCUGGUAAAGGGAAAUAUAAUUAAUUUAACGCCGGAAGCUGUUGGUUUUCCCGACUUCCGAGAUGUCCCCGAAAUUGAGUACGACGAAGUGGAAGAACCCGUCAAGGUCGAGGGUAACAACCGUGCGUUGUCUCGGGGAAAGAAUAUGCCGGGGAGGAUUGUGAACGUCACCGAGCUGAUCGUUUCUAGGGCAAUGCGCACAGCCCACAGAUGGCGCCACUGUCCUCAAUCGUUCUGCGUCAUGGAGCUGAAGAAACAGUGUAAGGGCAGUUCAGGUGCCUCGCCAGAUGGUUGA